CUGAGCGUUUUUUCCUCCUCGCGCGUAGAUUGACCGCAGACGGACAUGUCCACGCGCUCCUCUUCCUCCCCCCUCCUCCUCCUCCUCGUUUUCGCGCUCUUGCGGUCCGGGGGGGCGGUGGACCCGCACUGUGAGGACGAGUUCCGGCGCGGGCACGAGGACUUCGUGCUGUACGCGGAGGACGCGGUGAAGGAGGGCGCGGUCAUGUUGGCCACCGCGAGCUUCUACUCCGAGCUCGAGUGCGAGCGCGCGUGUUGCGGGCAAGUGCACUGCAACCUGGCGUUGCUGGAGCCGAGCGUCCCCGGAGAGGAGAACCGCACGUGCGUGCUGUUCAACUGCGUGCGUAGGAAUCGGUUCGCGUGCAGGUUCGUGACCCAGAGCGGGUACAAGAGCUACGUCAGAGACGCCGUGUACCGGAAGUACCUGGCAGCCCCGCAGAAAGAAGGUAAGAAGCAUCCGCCCAUCGCCAACGCAGGCCGUGAUGUCAUCAUUCAGCCUGGAGAGACUGUGAUGCUCAACGGCACUGAGAGUGUGGCGCUGAGCGGCGCCAAAAUUAAAGACUACCGCUGGAGUCUGGAGAGAGGAGACAGCAGUGUAAAGAUAGAGGAGACCAAUUACCCUGACCAGGUGCAGCUCUCCAACCUGCAGACAGGCUCGUAUGUCUUCAAGCUGACCGUCAACGACUCCAACGGCAAAUCGGAUGAUGCCAAGGUCACAGUCCUCGUUCUUAACCCACAACAGACCAGCUCAUACUGUCAGGCUCCGGUGAAGGUCGGGCCAUGCCGCGCGAAAUUUACUCGCUGGCGUUACAACAUCACAAAGGGCGUCUGUGAGAUGUUUGUGUUCGGAGGCUGUAUAGGAAACGAGAACAACUUCCUGUCUGAACAAGAGUGUCUGUCUGCCUGCAGAGGAGUCACAGCGUCAUCGCAGAGGAGUGUUACUCUGCCCGCUGCAGAGGUGUGCGGUUCGCCGUGCGGUCCUGAUCAGCUAACCUGUGGCAACGGCUGCUGCCUGGACAGAAGUAUGGAGUGUGACAACGUGAAGCAGUGCAGCGACGGAUCAGACGAGAGCCAGUGCUACCAACUGAACCAGACCUUGAGCCUUCUGCUGGACAUCGAUGUGAACAAGAAGAAAGCUCAGUGCACGGAGCCUCCCCGCACCGGUCCGUGCCGGGCCAAAUUCCCCGGCUGGUACUAUGACCCCCUGGACCAGAAGUGUCACGAGUUUACCUACGGUGGCUGUGAUGGGAACGAAAACAAGUUUCUGGACGAUCAGACAUGCAGCGAGUACUGCAAAGGAGUCGGCGAGAACGAUGUGUUUGCCAGAAGUUUGUUUGAGCGCUUCGACAAGGACGUAGACGACGACUCAAGUUCCAUCACGCUCGCCGUGAUCCUGUCGGUGGCCAUCUUGUCUCUGCUGGCCAUCCUGGCCUACUGCUUCCUGAGGGCCCGCAAGAGGCGCACACACAGGCCCGUCAACACGGGCCCCGCCCACGAGGCACUGUCCGAGGAGGAGACGUCCGUUUAUAACAGCACCACCAAGCCCAUGUGACGUCAGCCGUGACGUUACCGUGGCGAUCUGCUGCCUUGUUUUGAUUUAAGUGUCCUUUAAAUGUUUUUAUUUCUCAGCUGUUUUCAUGAUUGAUUAUUGGGGACGCUGGAGUUCUGUGGUGAUGUCAGUUUCCUGUCCGCGGCGUCUUUACUGCUCUUUGUGUUUCAGUAUUUAUGAAUUCAGCGUCUGGGUCUCAGGUUUUAUUAGUUUUCAUGUAAAUACCAAGUUGGUCUCAGGUUUUUAACUUCUGCUCUUAUAAAGUUUUAAUAAAAGUUUGAAAGUAGUAAUAAAGUUUGGACAUAACAAAAAGUGAUCUGAGCCUUUAUUUUGAAAACAAUCUUCCUGCUUACUGCG